CGUCGCUUGUUCUCUGUCCUUCUCGCGCUCCCGCCCCGCGUACCAUGGCCGAUGCGGCGGAGCUGGCGCACAUGGCCCGGGCCCCGCACCCCCACCCGGCCCGGCGCGUCACCCAACUGGACUCGAUCCGGUCGAACACCAGCCUGACCGGGGCGGUCGCGCGCAUGCUGGAUGACCUGCCUGAUUUGGAUCCCGACCGGCUGCUGGGCUUCCUGCGACCGGCGAUCGAGUCGCUGAAGGCUCUGCUCCUUCGGCUGGUUCCCUUCCUGCCGCUGAUCAGGCACCUGGCCCUGGACACAGAUGGUCCUGAUGCCUCGGCGAUACCGCUGUCCUUUGGCCAGCAGCUGCUCGGGCUGUCCUUUGUCCCCGCGGAUGCCGUCGGGGCCUCGAAGACCGGGCCGGCCACCCUUCCCAGCCCCGGGCGCCGACGGCUUCUCCAAUUUCUAGUUCUCCAUGCGCUGGUCCCCUGGGCUGCCGAGCAUGCCGAGACCCUGCUGACCCAGCUGUCCCUGGCUGCGGAGGCUGACAAUGUGGCUGCCGGGCCAGCCGGGCAACUGCCCAAGCCGACGGGUUCCCUGAUUCAAGUGGCACUGCAGGCGGUGCGCAUCACGAUGCGUCUGACGCAGCUGGCCCAGCUGGUCAACUUCCUUGGCUUCCUCUUUGGUGGCAGGUACCCCACCCUGUCGAGUCGAAUCACUGGCCUGCAACUGUAUCCGGCCGGCGAGCGGGCCUUUGGGCCGCCUUCCGCCGCCGAAGGGUCCUUCCCCUGGAUGCACCGUGACAUUUUGUGGGAUGCGGUUGGGACAUUUGCCUUUUUCGCCGGGCCCUACAUCCCGCCGAUGGUGGAUCUGGCCGCUGGGCUGGGCCGGCACGCGGGCCGGGCGCUGGCCGCCGGGGCCCGGGCGCUGCUGGCCCCCGACGAGAAGCCCGCCGCAAAAGCGGCGCCAGUCGCCGGGGUCCCGCCGGACGCCCCGUUUGAAUGUGCCUUUUGCCGGGCCCCGGAGGCCGCGGUUGCCGUGGCCAUCGCCCCGUGCGGCCACCGGGCAUGCUACACGUGUGUCGGGGGCGCCCACGCCGCGCGCGGGAUCCCGCUUCGCUUUGACACCGGGUCCGGGCCGCAGGGCGACCCCGCAAUGUCGACCUUCGUCCUGCCGAUGCCGCCGGCCGGUCGGACUCCGCCGCUGGUGGCCGAGCCCCUCGUCGGCGAGGUGGCCGCCCCGGCCCCGGAUCCCGGGCCACAGUCGGUCCUGGAGGUGGUGUCCGGGCUGGCCCUUUUCCCGCUGGAGUGUCCGCGCUGUGCGACGGCCAUCCAGGCGGUGGCCCUCUGGCCCUAGAGGCGAAAUACACGCACAUGCGCGCAUACGCACACACACACA